AUGGCUGUGCGUGACUUGAAAUCUCAAGGCGCCACGUCAGCCUCUGUGCUGGCGGGGUACGAGCAGUGGCACACUGACGUGGCGGGGCGGGUGUGUGGUAACCAGCAGGAGCUGAUGAGUCGCAUGGAGGCAGUGGAAGCACUGGCGGGGAAGGUGUACAAGCGCAUGAACUGGACCAGCAGCGUAGUCAAAAGCAACCUGCAGCACUUGAGGGCAGCUCCCAGCCUAAGGAUGGAGAUGGAGCAUCUACGGAAUCAGCUUAGCGCCGUCACGCGCAGCUACGAGGGGCUUUGUGAGGAGCUGGAGGCGGCGGGGCUGGAGUUUGAUUGCGAGAUGGAAGAGAUUCGCAGAAUUGAUGGGGAUGUGGCUGCUGAAGUUGGUGUUGAAGCGAGGGAGUUUGGUCGAGGAGUUUCCGGCCAUUCUGAAGAUUUGUCGAGUAGUGGUGAUUGUCAUGAUAGUGGGGCAGGUUUUAGCAGCCAUGAAGGCCAAGACAGUCGAACACAUAAUUCAAGCGGAAACCAAGAAUCGUUAAGUACGUCUGGACAACUACUGUAA